CUUCCUGCGUGCUGCCCUCCCCGGCCCCGCCUCCGCGGCUCCCGCCCUAGAGCGGUUGGGAUUUGAAUCUGCCGCGGGCUGCAGCCGGAAGUGUCGAACCCCUAGCCAGGCAUGGAGAUCCACUACCCCGGUGUGCGGUCCCCGGUGCAAGAGCAGCGUGCCCGCUGGGAGCGGAAACGCGCUUGCACCGCCCAGGAGCUGCUAGAGACUGAGCGGCGCUACCAAGAACAGCUGGGGCUGGUGACCACGUACUUUUUGGGGAUCCUGAAAGCCAAGGGGACCCUGCGACCACCUGAGCUCCAGGCCCUGUUUGGCUCCUGGGAGCUCAUCUGCGGCGCCAGCCAGGAGCUGCUUCCCUACCUGGAAGGAGGAUGCUGGGGCCAAGGGCUGGAGGGCUUCUGCCGCCACUUGGAGCUCUAUAACCAAUUUGCUGCCAACUCAGAGAGAUCCCAGACCACCCUGCAGGAGCAGCUAAAGAAAAAUAAAGGUUUCCGGAGGUUUGUGCGGCUUCAGGAAAGCCGCCCUGAGUUUGGGGGCCUUCAGCUCCAGGACCUACUCCCUCUGCCUCUGCAGCGGCUCCAGCAGUAUGAGAAUCUCGUCGUUGCUUUGGCUGAAAACACAGGUCCCAACAGCCCUGACCAUCAACAGCUCACACGGGCUGCCCGACUGAUAAGUGAGACUGCCCAGAGAGUCCACACUAUUGGUCAGAAACAGAAGAAUGACCAGCACCUUCGGCGUGUCCAGGCUCUGCUCAGUGGACGCCAGGCAAAGGGGCUGACCUCAGGGCGCUGGUUCCUACGCCAGGGCUGGCUGUUGGUGGUGCCUCCCCAUGGGGAGCCUCGGCCCCGCAUGUUCUUCCUCUUCACUGAUGUGCUCCUCAUGGCCAAGCCUCGACCUCCACUGCACCUGCUGCAGAGUGGCACCUUUGCCUGCAAGGCCCUCUACCCCAUGGCCCAGUGUCAACUCAGCAGGGUCUUUGGCCACUCAGGAGGCCCUUGUGGUGGGCUGCUCAGUCUCCAUGGAAACAGCAAGGGCUUCAGCUUUAGCCUGGACCUUUCUGAGCCAUGCGCUAAGAGGUGGUCUCUCUCUAGCUGUCCUUCCCUCAUGAGAAGCUACUGCUUAUGUCCACAGACCAGGAGGAGCUGUCACGCUGGUACCACAGUCUGACUUGGGCUAUCAGCAGCCAGAAAAACUAGAGGAGUCUUACAGAUUCCAGAACUCAGGAUACCUCAGGGAUAGGUCACAGCCAGGACUACAAAGGAAUCUUCUUCAGCACUGAACAAAAUAGAACCCUUCAUGAUUUGACAAAGGUCACUUUGUGUUUGCCUGGACCAAGCUACUCAAGAUCACCUGACCAACUCUUAAAAAUCACGACCAGGCACAGUGGCUCAUGCCUGUAAUCCCAGCACUUUGGGAAGCAGAGGUGGGAGGAUCAUUUGAGCCCGGGAGUUCAAGACCAGCCUGGGCAACAAUGAGUGAGACCCUGUCUCUAUUUAAGAAAUUUUAUUACAAAAGAAGAAUCAGGAAACCAAGUCUGACCCAAGUGAACCAGCCCCUAUCACAGCUGAGGGGAUUUGGGACUGAUAAGCUCCAUGCUGUGUCCAUGGCCCAUCAUUUAUCAAGGCUGCAGCUUUGUAAAUGUGGCUAUUUUUAUGUUGUGUAUAGUUUCUAUCAUUUAUUUUUCCACUGGAUUUGAGUAAAGUUUUUUUCUUUUUGGGGGGAAAGACCCUUCUGUCUCAGUUUUGCUAUGAGAAAAGGGAUUUU